AACAGUCCAUACUAAUAAAACUAUAAUAGAAAAAACACAUGUUUUGAGGGAUAGAUUGGCCUGUGUUCUACAGACAAGACAAAGAAUUUGAUGCAAUGAUGGAUACACACAAAGUGAAAAGGCACUUAAUAAAGCAUAUUGAAAGACAGGGAUUUUACAUUCCCUCCAGUUGUGCACAUUGUGCUAUUGGGACAUCUGUAUUAUGCAAUAAAAGUCAGAGUCCUAUUUAAGAUGGGAAAGGCAGAGGUUAAAAAAAUAUUAUUUAUAGAUACUUCUUAUGACCAAAGAUGGCAGUCCCAACAUUCCCUUUGUUUAAUUGAUGCUUUGAAAUUAUUUUAAGAUGUAUUAGGAACCUUCCUGGCUCCUCCUUGAAUUUAAGCCCUUUGCAAGCACACACUGCAUCUACCAUUUCACUUCACAGCCUUUUUGGCCCUUUACCACACUUUUUGCAGUUGAAACAGAUAAGCAGAUAUCAAGCAAUCUAUCUACGAAUCUCUAUUAAUGUAAGUUCCAUGUAGAUUUUCAUUCAUCAGCUAUAGAUUCUCAUUCUUUGUUCCCCUCUGUGUUGUUUUUGCUUUGAAUUGGCAUACACACAGCUUUCCUGCCUCAGAAUGGAUUCUUUUAAACAAAUCUGGGGUAGUGCAGAAGGAUGUAGCAGUAGUGAAUCUGGUUGGACUAUGUAUAUUGCCUCUCCCAUGCAGGAAGAUGAUGCUGGAUGCAGCAAUGAAAAUUAUGGAAAUCAUGAUAUCUAUGGUGAGAACAGGAGAAAGAAGCAAGGGGCCAAAGUAGAUGAAGAAGAAAGUGAUGAUUCAAUGGCUUCAGAUGCUUCUUCAGGUCCUGUACAUUAUCACCAUGCCUAUGGUCAUAGCCAGACUAGUCACGGCACCGCUGCAUCUAAGAAAGAUAAACAAGAUCAUGGAAGCAAGUGUUCUAAGAAGAAUGCAAGCAAACAGGAGAAGAAACGUGUUGACAGCAGAAGUAAAAAAUGAUUAAAAUCUCCAUUGUAUAUGAUGCUGGGAUUUUUGUAACCAUGCAUCGACAUAAUUUGAAUUUGUUGAUUUGUACUCACACGUCUCUUCUACCCAAAGGAAAUAUCCCGAAACAUUCUUUGAAGUAAUGGAAUCAUAAGUUUUACGCGUUUUGAAACUAAACUCUAUGUUAAGAACGUUAUUAUUCUUUGAAUGUGGAAACAAACUUCCAAGUGAGAAUAUGAAUGCAUGAGCCAUGACAAACACACCAGAAAUGUGCUUCAAAUGAAGCAUUAUCAUUGGUAUUCAAGCCAAAUACCACCAGUUUUCCUGAAUUAUAAUCUAUGGUUUUAACUUCCAAGUUCGAGGAGGGAGGAAUUCAAGAUAAGAGGGUCAAAUCUUGUAUCAUGUAACUCCAACUUUAUUUAUUUUUUUACCUCAGUUCAAAGUAGAAAUUGAUGCCAGAUGUCUGGUCAUCCAUCAAGACAUCAUCAUUGAUGCAAAACACAGCUUAAUUAAGAGUGAAAGGACGUUUUAAUUGAAAAACAUGAAUGUGAAAUUUCCAAAACUAAAUGAUGUAGAGAUAAAAAAUGCAGCAAGAAUUU